GUGUCGUUUUUAAUGACGUAAAUUAAGAUGGCCGCGCAGAAUUGAUAACAGAAAUGAAAACAAAAUCUUUGUAUUCACCUCAGUUUAUUUUCAGCGCUGGGUUAAUGCUCUGAUUUUCAUGCUGUUAGGAUUUAUUUUACAUCGGGAAACUCCGAGGACUGUUAAACAUGGUAAAGUGUUGAACUGCUUAAAUAAAGGCCAGUAGUCUUAUUAAACCUGCAGAUAACGCUGUACAUCUAUGGUUAGCUCUGGUUUUGGCUUUACACAUUGCUUCCAAGUAUUUAAUAUAGAAAGAGUUUACAUAGUUUAUGAAGUAAAACUAAUACAGAAUGACUGAUUGCAGCACACCUGACUGGAAUGUAAAUUUAGACCAUGGAUGUGUUUCCAAACUUAGUGAGCUGCCUAUAUAGAUAGCAUUGGUUUGGCAUUGUAUGGGCGUUCUGAACAUUUUAUUUCGGGCUAGGAUGCCCACAAAUGCUGUCCAGGUAAUCAGUUCACUUGGUUUUGAUAAUUUGGAGGAUUUGGAUGCUUGAUUUGUUCUUAUUCAGUCUGCAAAAUUGGAUAGCAUGGAGGGAAGCGAGUCAAGUGCAAAAGACAGAAGACAAUCUCGGAGCAGUGAAAGAGAAAAUCGGAAAUGUAAAAGGAGCAGAUCUUCAUCAUCUUCCAGUUCUUCCUCAUCAUCAUCAUCAUCUUCAUGGUCUUCAUCCAGCAGUGCUUCAUCACGUAGUAAGUCCAGCUCCAGUAGCUCAGAUUCUUGCAAAAAGCGAAGAAAAUCUUCAAAAAAACAGAAAGAUAAGCAUGGCAAAAAGAAAGGAAAAAAAGAGAAGACACACAAACGGAAGAAGGAAAAGGGACACAAAGUGCAUGAUGACAGCUCUGGGCCUGUUCAGAUUUCAAAGUACCUUAAGGAAAGGAAGAAAAGCGGCAAGUACAGUAUGAUAUCAGGGAAGAAGAUUAAAAUGAAAGUGAAAAAAUCAAAGAAGGACAAGCAGAGGGACAAAAACAGAGCCGAACUGCUGGAGUUCUUAAACUCCACCUUCUGAUUCAGUCCGAAGCAGGACUUUUUUUUCUUUUUGUUUUUUUUUUUCUCUCGCAUUACAAGCCUGACCACCACUCAGGGAAAGACAGUCUUCAACGACUCGUGUUGUCCUGAUGCUAUACAAUGACUAUUCCUUAACAUAAAUUGUUUUAUGUAGAUGGUUGAUGUAUUCCUUUUUUAUUUCAGACAAUAUGUACAGUGUGUUUUGUAUCUGAUUAACUGUACACUAUGAGAAAUGUAGAAGCUUGGAUGUAACAUUGUUACAUGUUACUGAAAUUGUAAAAAAAAACAACAAAAAAAACAAUUUAUGAGUAAUCAUGGGUGUCAUGUUUUUUUGUUUUCCUGUAUGUAAAUGGAAAACCUCAAGUAAGUAAUUACUUAAUCAGUCCAAAAUCAGAGGUGUAAGGAAUUGUUAUGAGAGAUGCAGAAUUUGAGGGACUGAAUAAGAUUUUGUUGUGAUUAAUACAAGGAGAGUUUGGACUCAUUCAACCUUUCACCAGGAAAAUGAAGUUGUACAUUGUACCUCAAAGUGAAGCUUCAUAAUUUUUUCUCUCUCACUUAAAACAACAACAACAACAAUUUGAAUCUGAAACAGCAAUGUAGUUAAGUUGUUCGGAUUGUAGAGACUAGCUCUCCAUGAUGUGCCAUUUUAAAUCAUGUGUAUCUGACCAUUACUUUGAAAAUAUAUAUAAAUAUAUAUAAAACAGA